AUGAGAGCCCUGCAUCACACCAGAUCAAUUUCUUGGCAUCAUGGCCGACGCCAAUAUUCCCCCAACAUCAACUCCCCAGGCGGCACCAGUCUCUGCGCCCGCGGGGAGCAGCCGGCACCUCCAGUGCAGACAACGCCGACCGCGUCGGUGACGGCCACGGCCGCUGCCGCGACCGCCGCCGUCAACAACUCCCUCAAUGGCGCCGGCGAACAGCUCCCUUGCCAGUGGGUGGGCUGUACCGAGAAGUCUCCCACAGCAGAAGCUCUCUAUGAACACGUUUGUGAGCGCCACGUUGGCCGGAAGAGCACCAAUAACUUGAACUUGACCUGCCAGUGGGGGAACUGCAACACCACCACGGUCAAGCGCGACCACAUCACCUCGCACAUUCGAGUGCAUGUGCCAUUGAAACCGCACAAAUGCGAUUUCUGUGGCAAGGCGUUCAAGCGUCCCCAGGACCUGAAGAAACACGUGAAGACCCAUGCCGAUGACUCCGAGAUCCGCUCCCCCGAGCCGGGCUUGAAGCACCACCCCGACAUGAUGUUCCCGCAGAACCCGAAAGGUUUGUCGCUCCACUUUCUUGCUUUCUCGCCCGAUGAACGGGGUCUCCAGCGCAGCCUAUACUCAUGGCGCCCCGCAGUAUUAUCAAGCCCACCCCCGCCCCAACCGGCCAAUCCCCAUUCGUAUGGCAACGUCUACUAUGCGCUGAGCCAGGGCCCGGAUGGGAACGCAUCCUAUGACCGCAAGCGUGGGUAUGAUGCGUUGAACGAGUUCUUCGGCGACCUCAAGCGACGUCAAUUCGACCCGAAUUCCUAUGCGGCCGUGGGCCAACGCUUGCUCGGCCUGCAGGCGUUACAGCUCCCCAUCCUGAAUGGCCCCGUGCCUGAGUACCAGCCCAUGCCUGCCGGUGUCGCCGUUGGCGGCGGCGCUGGCUAUAGCCCAGGCGGCGCACAGGCACCGGCCUAUCACCUCCCCCAAUAUGCAAAACACUAUCUACGAGAGCGACGAGAAUGUGGCCGCCGCCGGGGUCGCGCAACCCGGCGCCCACUACGUACAGGGUGGCAUGAGCUACCGUGCGACCCAUUCUCCCCGAGCCAACUCCCCCCGAGCCAUGUCACUGCGACCACCUCGGCCCCUAUGAUGGCUGCUAGCGCUCACUCCCCGUCGACCGGGACUCCAGCGCUGACCCCGCCCUCCAGCGCUCAAUCCUAUACCUCGAAUCGGUCUCCGAUCUCUUUGCCUCAGACUCAUCGCGUGUCGCCUCCGCAUGAGAGCGGUGCCGGCAUGUACCCUCGCCUCCCGUCGGCCACUGUAUCUGAUAGCAUGACCGCGGGCUAUCCGGCUGUCGCCGGUGCCGCCCCGCCGUCGACCCUCAGCGGAGCAUUUGACCAUGAUGACCGCCGUCGCUACACUGGUGGCACCCUGCAGCGCGCCCGGCCGGCUGAGCGUUCAGUCGACGAGAACAACAUGGACACCACUCAUGACAGCAAGACCGAUGGCGAGCGCACCCCAACCAAGGACCAUCCUGAUGUCGCCUCCAGCCUCAUUGACCCCGCCCUUGCAAGCACCUCCCCCAACCCCGAUCAAGAGGCCGCGCAGCGGACCGCCCAAGCGGCCACGGAGGUCGCUGAGCGAGAUGUCAAUGUUGCGUGGGUCGAGAAGGUGCGCUUGCUGGAAAACCUCCGGCGCUUGGUCUCCGAGCUUCUGGAAGGCGGCCGCUUUGAUGAGUUGGCGGGCCACAGCAGUCUCGGAGCAUCUCCGACCCCAGCCAGCGAUGAUGUGAUGGAGGGCAUUGAGACGGCUAGUCAGCAGGCUUCCCCUGCCCAUAUGUCUCCGCCAACCCAAUAUGAGAGCUCGGAGGCAGUUUUCUACCCGACCCUACGCGGAUUGGAUGAUGACGGAGAUGCCAAGAUGCCUGGGGAUGAAGCCUAG